GAAUUUUAACAGGAUCGAACGUGACCUCAGUAGGGACGACAUAUAUGAAAGAAACCGUUAGAGCAGACCCUUUAAAUUUAUUGAAGAAAUACAGAGGAGGAUAUAACGUUACAAAUGACCACUACUGGAGUUCAACGGCAUUUACAGGCAUACCCGGGUAUGCUGUUGCACUAAUAUGGCUCCUAUGCGGUCUAGGAUAUGGAAUUCUUCUUUUGGUAAGAACUGAUUGCUUCAGGACGAGCAGAAAGCGCAAGAACAAAUCAUCGUGUUAUGAGCAGUAUCAUUUACAACCUAUUAUUUUGGCUAGUUUCUGUACGCUCCUUGCAGUAGAAGUCCUAAUUACACGAAAAAAACAUCAUACCUGCUGCUAUCAUUUCAGAACGGCCUCUGGCUUGGCUUUUGGAGGUAAUUCAAAGUCUCAUUCCAGAGCAAAGACAGUGGUAGAAAUUCUUCUUGACACAGCAGAUGGCGCAUCUGACACAAUAUUCAACAUAACUGGAGCCAUGAAGGAAAUAAGCCAGAAUUUGCAACAACAACAAAUGGAUGAAAAGAACAAGCAAUUAAUUAAUUCAACAACCAUAAAGCUCGAAACUCAGGGUUCUGCUAUAAAAACACAUGCAUCCAAGAACAGGAACUUAAUACAAAAGGGCCUGAAAAUAUCAUACGCAAUGACAACAGUGACGAUAACACUUACACUACUUGUCGUAAUCUCUCUCUUAGCACUUGGAGUUUCAAGCUUUCAGAGGCCCUUUCAAGUAUUAAUAGCAGUUUGCUGGAUGUUAACUUUCUUCUGUUGGUUGCUUUUUGGGAUAAGCUUCUUCCUACAAACCCUGACGGGAGACACAUGCAGAGCACUAGAAGGCUUCCAGAGGAAUCCUUAUAACAACAGCUUGAGUCCCAUUCUACCCUGUGAGCAAUUGCUUUCUGCAAAACCCAUGCUAAAUAAUGUUACUGAAGGGAUACACAACUUAGUGAAUAAGGUAAACGAAAAUAUAUCUAUAUCAUAUGGAGGAAUUAUUCAGAUUUGCAAUCCUUUCUCCCCAGCACCUGCACAUGACUACCAGCCAUGGAACUGUCCAAACACAUCUGUGCGCAUAGGAGACAUUCCUAAGGUUAUAAAACAGAUAGCCUGUCCUGAUACCCAGACCACAUGUAAUGGAGGAAUUCUGGUUCCUGCAGAUUACUACAACUCAAUAGGAGCAUACUGCACUUCUAUACAAAUAUUACUCGAUCAAUAUCCUAACAUAGAAGGCCUUGUUGACUGUCGGCCAGUCAAGGAUGCCCUGUCCGAAAUUCUUAACAAACAUUGCAAGCCACUAAAGAGAUACAUACGAUUGCUAUGGUCAGCAUUGUUGUUCCUGUCAGUGGUGCUAGUGAUCUUGGUUCCCAUUUGGACAAUCAAAGAACACCAUGACCAAACUCAUCACUCAUCGGGUGGAUCAAUCAACCCUCAUAAUGGUGGUACCAUAGAAAGUGGAGCAACAAAUCAUACAGGUGAUGACUCAGAAGAUGGUCCAGAUCAAUAAGUAGAAAUCAUAGAAAAACUAUAAGAGAUGCUAACAACCUAAUGACUGUACACAUAGAAACCCCUUGUAUGUCAAGUUGUAAAAAUUUCCCCUGCCGAUGAAAUAUAACUGUUUGGGUCAUGUGAAUGACAAUGUAUCAGAGAGACGAUAGAAAAUUUCACAACAGCUAUAUAGGCACUAACACUCUAGCACAUAGUAGGACUUUUGACAUGUAGAAAUUUCAAUUAAAAUAGUUAAAAGUAAUUUGUUCUCAGCCAUUGUGUUCAGAUACUUGGCAGUUGGCACAAUAGCCAUAUAAUGCAGCAGCUGAAUAUCUUAUGCUGCCUUGUGUUGUUUUGAGUGGGCAGCCAAAUUUCUGUGCACUCGAGAAUGAUCCAAAUAGUCUAAAUCUUUUUUCUUUUCUUAAUUCAGUUAUAUUAUGCUGGAAUUUGAUAUCAUUCCAGAUCCUUAGAAUCUGGAUGCAACAUGUCACUUAUGUGUUAUGAGGGACUAAAUUUUCAAACA